AUGACUUUACGCAAGCCUGUGCACACGAUAGUCCUGGAUGCAGGACCGUUGCUGAAAAACGAGCCAACAGUUUCGACUUUGAUCAGCCAGUGCGAGAACCUUUUUACAAUACCUUCUGUUAUAGCCGAAAUAAGGGAUGAAAAUGCCCGCUCCCGAGUAGAGACCACUCUUCUCCCAUUUCUGACAAUCAGGAGUCCGAGCGAAAGAAGUCUCCGAUUUGUUACCGACUUCUCGAGAAAGACAGGGGACUUGGCAGUUUUAUCCAAGACUGAUUUGCUAUGCUUGGCUCUGACACACGAACUGGAGUGUGAGCGGAAUGGGGGUGAUUGGAGGAUCAGAAAUGCUCCUGGCCAAAAAGGAGUGAAUGGACGGAAAGAACAGGCUGCAUCUGGGGACGCAUCAGAAGCGACAAAUCAGUCAUCGACUAUAGAGACUCAACCAACCGGAGACACCGACCGUUCCCAAGAGCCGGACACUGUUGCACCCUUCGAGGCUGCAACCAGCGAUCAAGGCUGCGUACCACUCGGUGCUCGGGACUCUACUACGGCAGAUGAAGCCAACGGUGUUUCUGAAAGUCUAGGCAGUCUCAAGUUUACAGACGAAGAUGUGCAACAAGAUAGUGUUGCAGCAUCAGGCCCGGAGUCGUCAGAAAUAGAGCAGAUUGAGGCAAGUUCAGAUUCCUCAGACUCAGAAGGCUGGAUCACUCCGAAAAACGUGAAGAAGCACCAAGCAAAAGACGUCAACGGAUCCGCAUUGCCGAUUCCGGAAAACCAGCCAAUUCAAGUAGCAUUGCUGAGUGGAGAUUUUGCAAUGCAAAAUGUAUGCCUCCAAAUAGGUUUGAACCUGCUAUCCCCGUCUCUACAAAGAGUCCGGAACAUAAGGACCUACAUUCUACGAUGCCACGCGUGCUUCGCGAAAGAAAAGGACAUGUCCAAGCAGUUCUGUUCGAAAUGCGGAAAGCCGACUCUCACGAGAGUGUCAUGUUCCACAAAUUCCAAGGGCGAGUUCAAGAUCCAUUUGAAGAAGAACAUGCAGUGGAAUCAUAGGGGAGAUCGUUUCAGUAUCCCCAAGCCAGUACCUGGAGCUGCCAAUGGUAAAGUGGGUCAGGGCAAAGGAGGCGGAAAGGGUGGAUGGGGCCAGGAGCUCAUUCUUGCCGAGGAUCAGAAGGAGUAUCUACGUGCUAUGGAUGGCCGAAAUAAGAAAAAAGAGAUGGAUCUGAUGGACGAGGACUAUCUACCUAGCAUACUGACAGGGGAUAGGGGCAAAGCUGGUGGCAGGCCGAAGAUUGGGGCAGGACGGAAUGUCAAUUCGAAGAAGAGGAUUUGA